AAUGAGUCUGUGGAGGCAGGUUGUCUAUUGCGUCAUAUUUACGCGACGCUGUUUGGUUUGAACGAGCAGCACGAAAAGGCUUUGUAUGGGAACUGGCCGAGGGUUUUUCAAGUCAAAUUAAUAGCUUAAUAAACUCCAGGAACAUGGGUCCAGUUGAGCUGCUGCAUAUGUCCGUGUUCUCCCAGAGUUUCUCUCCCUGCGGCCGUUUCCUUGCAGCGGGGAACAACUACGGAGAGAUCGCGGUGUUCAGUCUUUCAGCUGCACUGAGUCCAGAAGCAUCAGAGGGGAGCCAGAAGCCCAUCCUUAACUUCACUGCUCACGAUGGUCCGGUGUUCACUCUUCUCUCCACGGACACUCAUCUCCUGAGUGCUGGGAACGGAGAGAUCAGUGCCUGGAGUUGGGCAGAGCUCAUCAAAAAAACCACCAAAGCUGCGUGGACAAGGAAACCCAGUUAUGAGACUAGUCUUGAAAUACCAGAGAUCAAUGCAAUGAUCAUUAACCCAAAGGAUAACAGCUUGAUAGUUGGAGGAGGUGACAAUAACAUUCACAUCAUGGACAUGGAGACUGGCAUCUUUAAGUCUGUACUGAAGGGCCACACUGACUAUAUCCACUGCCUGUGCUUCAAAGAAAGGGAAGGGGAGAUCCUCUCUGGUGGGGAGGAUGGUGCUGUGAGGAUAUGGGACUCCCGGACAAAUCGCCCAGUUCAUUGUAUUGAAGUUUUCAAAUACGAGGAAUGCGCACGCCCCCAGUUUGGGAAGUGGAUUAGCUGUCUUGCUACAGACUCUGAUUGGAUGCUCUGUGGUGGAGGCCCAUCGCUCUCAUUAUGGCACCUCCGUUCCAUGUCCCCCACCUCUGUCUUCCCUUUGCCCGGCUGUCAAAGGGAAGCUGUCUUUCAUCAGGACCUGAUCAUGUCAGUAGGUGAGGGACCGUAUGUAUCCCACUGUUUACAUGGAGGAACCGUGAAAGCUCAGAUUCCCUGCACUCCUUCCUCACUCAACACACUGGCUCUCAAUCUCAAAAACACUGAACAUAGGGUUAUGACAGUAGGGGGCAGUAGUCACCAAAUUGAUGUGUUCACCAACUUCAGUUACAGAGCCUUUUCUCUGUCAUUUUGAGCACAGGCCAACAUUUGUUUGAAUUUGAUUUGAAAUCUGUGGCAAAUUCUUGAUUUACGAUUUCGCUAGAAUGCAACUAAACAAUGUAUUUUUAUAAUAAACUUUUUUUUUUUUUGGUUAUUGUUCGCUGUUUUUUUUUCAAUGUGUGUUUUUAGCUUUACAUUUGAAUCAUGCAUUUUACCCUGAAAAGGCCUUUGAAGGUGCACUUGGUCGGGUUUUUUUUGUGUUACACUAGUAAAAUGUGCAAAGUAUAGUAUUAUUCAUGUACUUUUUUUUUUUUUUUUUUAAUGAAAAUGUACAACAUUAUGUGAGAUUUACAAUGUUAAUUACUGUGCCUAAACUGUAUUAUCUCAGUCUAAGGAAAUGGUCAAAACAUUGGUUACAGAAAUGCAGUGAGAAGUAUUCAGUUGGUCACAAGGUCAAAACGGUAGCCCUGAGCCCGCAUGAGGCGACCAACUCCAUGUAAAAAUAAACUUUAUUAGGCUGCUGAUACAACUGGAAUAUUCAUUUCAUGUAUGUGCUAAUCUUUUUAAACAUUUUUCUCAAAGCACUAUUCAUUUCUUUACAUGUAAAACUUUUAUAAAAUGAAC